AUGCCCCGUACCAAGGCGUCCCGGCGCUCGGCAGCAGCCAAGAAGAGGAAGGCAGAUCGGCAUGGAGGGGAUGCUGAUGUGGUUGUGGCUCUGACUGACGGGGUUAUGCCUCCCCAUGACGAAAAGGCUCUGACUGACGUUGUUCCAGAGAGCCACAGCCCACCUGCAUGGCAGGUUGUUACUGUAGCUGCCACAUCUGAGACUGACGGGGUUAGGCUUCAGCCCCAUAAUCAAAAGGCCUUGACUGACAUACCCCCCUCCCCAAAAAAGCACAUGUCCUCUGAGACUGACGGGGUUAGGCUUCAGCCCCAUAACCAAAAGGCCUUGACUGACAUACCCCCCUCCCCAAAAAAGCACGUGUCCUCUGAGACUGACGGGGUUAGGCUUCAGCCCCAUAACCAAAAGGCCUUGACUGACAUACCCCCCUCCCCAAAACAGCACAUGUCCUCUGAGACUGACGGGGUUAGGCUUCAGCCCCAUAACCAAAAGGCCUUGACUGACAUACCCCCCUCCCCAAAAAAGCACAUGUCCUCUGAGACUGACGGGGUUAGGUUUCAGCCCCAUAACCAAAAGGCCUUGACUGACAUACCCCCCUCCCCAAAACAGCACAUGUCCUCUGAGACUGACGGGGUUAGGCUUCAGCCCCAUAACCAAAAGGCCUUGACUGACAUACCCCCCUCCCCAGAAAAGCACAUGUCCUCUGAGACUGACGGGGUUAGGUUUCAGCCCCAUAACCAAAAGGCCUUGACUGACAUACCCCCCUCCCCAGAAAAGCACAUGUCCUCUGAGACUGACGGGGUUAGGCUUCAGCCCCAUAAUCAAAAGGCCUUGACUGACAUACCCCCCUCCCCAGAAAAGCAACUGACUCAGAGUCUUCGGACUUUGAAUUCUGGCAAUGAGUUUGGCAAUGAGUUUGGCAAUGAGUUUGGCAAUGAGUUUGGCAAUGAGUUUGGCAGAGCGAUUGGCAAAGCGAUUGGCAGAGCGAUUGGCAAAGCGAUUGGCAGAGCGAUUGACAAUGACCUUGGCAAUAUCAAUGAAAAUUACCGCAACUACACAUGCCCAACCGCUUCAACCCGUCACGAAUUUGCAAGACGGAAAAAACAAUACGAGUCAAAUGAACAGAAAAAGAAGGAAGAAGUUCAGAGAAGCUUAAAACGAUACUAUGAGGAUGACAUUUACAGAAGCUAUGUCAUGAAAAGGAGUGCUGAUGAAUACAGAACAAAUGAGCAGUAUAGGCAACAGAAGAAAAACCUGAGCAUCAACAAGUAUGCUACAGACCUAGAACACAGAGAACGCGUCAAAGAACUGAGUGUAAGCAAGUAUUCCACAAACCUGGAACACAGAGAACAUGUGAAAGAACUGAGUAUCUGCAAAUAUGCCACAAAUGAAUGUCACAGGGAAGCUGUUAAAAAGCACAGUUUUGAAGCGUACCAUACAGACCCUGAGUACCAAGCAGUUAAGAAACACCGAAGUUUUGAAGCAUAUCAUACAGACCCUGAGUACCAAGCAGUUAAGAAACACCGAAGUUUUGAAGCGUACCAUACAGACCCUGAGUACCAGGCAGCUAAGAAACACCGAAGUUUUGAAGCAUACCAUACAGACCCUGAGUACCAAGCAGUUAAGAAACACCGAAGUUUUGAAGCAUACCAUACAGACCCUGAGUACCAAGCAGUUAAAAAACACCAAAGUUUUGAAGCAUACCAUACAGACCCUGAGUACCAAGCAGCUAAGAAACACCGAAGUUUUGAAGCGUACCAUACAGACCCUGAGUACCAGGCAGCUAAGAAACAAAGCAGUGUGGACAGGUAUAAAACAGACAGCUGUUAUGCUAAUGCCACUAAAGUCAGAAAUGUAGAAAGACGGAAUAAUGAAGUAAAACGAAGGAAAGAAAUAGAACAUGUUACUGAACAAUUCAGACAGAAGAUAAGAACAGGACCUGAAUAUGUGUGUUCAGUGUGUCAUCGAAUACUGUUCAAGAAGCAAGUGCUAAAAUGUAAAAAAGAAGAUUUUCUCAAAAGACCCCACAUUACGUCAGUGGCACAAAAGUGUAUUACAGAUACCUAUUUACAUACAUGCAAUGACACCUGCACAGCUGACUGCACAAAGAAAACUGGCCCUGCAGGAUCACUCUGGAUUUGCUACACAUGCCAAAGAAAGAUUCUAGGUGGUAAAAUGCCAGAAGACAGUGUUGCAAACCAUCUUUCACUAGAGCCAAUUCCUCCUGAGUUACACAGAUUAAAUUCUCUAGAACAACAUUUAGUUGGGAUGCAUAUUCCAUUCAUGAGACUUGUGUGUUUGCCAAAAGGAGGGCAAAAUGGUGUUCAUGGUCCUGUAACGUGUGUACCAUCUAACAUUACAGAUGUAACCCAAGUUUUACCAAGAUCAGAAAAUGCUGAUCUCAUGAUUCGAGUGAAACUAAAAAGGAAAUUAACAUAUAAAGGGCACUAUGAAUAUGAAUUUGUGCAGCCAGAAAACAUUAAGAAUGCUUUGAUGUACCUCAAAGAGCAUAACAAAUUCUACAAUGAUGUGCAAUUUAACAAUGAUUGGAUUAAAGAACAUGUCAAUGAAGACAGCACAGACAACAAUUUUGAAGAUGAGAACAUUGAUGAAACUCUACAUGACAGACAACAGCAUGGUAUGUUUAUGGAUACAUGCCUACAACCUGUGGAUAUAGCUCAGGAGGUUUUAGAUCAACACUUUGAUCAAAUAAUGUCUCUGGCACCUGGAGAAACCAAUAACCCAGUGACGCUUCUAACUGAUGAAUCUAAUGAGGCUAAGUGUUUUCCAGUUCUUUUUCCAAAAGGCACAGGCACUUUUCAUGAUAACAGGCCAGAAAAACUGACAUUGUGUAGAUAUUUGAAUACAAGAAUACUCAAUGCUGAUGGACGAUUUGCAAAAAAUUUAGACUAUUUAUUUUAUAGUCAGUAUUUAUCAGAGUUACAACAGAUUGUAUCAAAUGUAUCAAUUGCUGUGAGGAAAGGUCAUGACACACAAAGACAAACUCACAUUACCUCAGAAAUGUUGACAAACAAAGAAUCACUACAGAGGAUUUUGAAUUAUGAUGAAGGCUACAAGUUCCUCAAACCCAUAAGAGGCACCCCUGUGUUCUGGCAAAGUGUUCAGAAAGACUUGUUUGCUAUGGUGAGGCAGCUGGGUAUUCCUACAUGGUUUUGUUCAUUCUCCUCUGCUGACCUGCGAUGGCCUGAACUACUGCAAACAAUCCUGAAACAAGAGGGAAAAGAAGCAGCAAUUGAUGAGCUUGACUGGUCAGAACGAUGUGCUCUGUUGAAGACCAACCCAGUGACAGCUGCUAGAAUGUUUGACCAUCGAUUCCACUGCUUUCUCAAAGAUGUGAUUAUGUCUGAAGCACAGCCAAUCGGUAAAAUUGUGGACUACUUUUACAGAGUUGAAUUUCAGCAGCGUGGCUCACCUCACACUCACUGCUUAUUCUGGGUGGAAAAUGCUCCUCAGAUUGAUAAAGAUGAAGAUCAUGAAGUUGUAGCAUUUGUUGAUCAUUAUGUAACAUGUGAAAUGCCACCAGAGGAUGACAAAGAAAUGCAUGAAAUUGUCUUAAGUGUACAACGACACAGUAAAAGACAUUCAAAAACAUGCAAAAAAAAGGGAACAACCUGUAGAUUCAAUUUCCCACGUCCACCGAGUAACAGAACAUUUAUAACAAGAUGUACAACUGAUGAUGCUAAAAAGGAUAGUGAUGGGAGUUGUGACAAGGAAAAUAAUUCAUCAAACAUAAUCAGCCCUCGAAUAGAAAAAGAUUUAGCAGAGGCAAUUGUGAAGAAAGUAAAGGAAGCUUUGAUGAACACCGAGGUCAGCUUUGACUCUGUAGAUGCUUUGUUUGCCUCACUUGGUAUAAAUCAAGAAAUAUUUGAAGCUGCUUAUUUAAGGAUGACAAGGAAAACCAGUGUUGUUUUAAAGAGAGCACCUUGUGAUGUGUGGGUGAAUCAGUAUAAUCGAGACCUCUUACGUUGCUGGAAUGCCAAUAUGGACAUACAAUUUGUGGUUGAUGCAUAUUCCUGUAUUGUGUAUAUCAUCUCCUACAUUUCAAAAGCAGAGAGAGAGAUGGGACUGCUAUUGUCAUGUGCUCAAAAAGAGGCUUCAAAACAAAGAAAUGUGGAUGCAAAACAGGCCUUGCGAAAACUUGGUAGUGUUUUCCUGCACAAUCGUGAAGUUUCAGCUCAGGAAAGUGUGUAUCGUCUCACCAACAUGAAACUGAAAGCAGCAUCUCGCAAAGUGCAGUUUGUCCCAACCGGACAUGCAAUCAGAAUGAGUCAACCUCUGAAUGUUAUACAAAAGAAAGCAGAAGGCAGUGAUGAAGAAAGACAGAAUAUCUGGAUGACCAGUAUUACUGACAGAUAUAAAAGGAGACCCAAAACUGAAGAAUUUGCUAAAAUGUGUCUGGCAACCUUUGCAUCUGAGUACAGAAUAUUGUCCAAAUCUGAAGGUUCAUCCACAAACAGCAUAAAACUGGACAAAGGAUUAGGAUUUGUGAAGAAAAGAACACGCACUGAUGCUGCUGUGAUUCGGUAUGCUCGAUUUUCACCCACAAAGGAUCCAGAGAAAUAUUAUCAAAGCAUUUUGCAGCUCUUUUUGCCUCACUAUUUGGAAAGUCAGUUGAAACCGUCCUAUUUCAACACAUAUCAGGAAUUUUAUGAAACAGGUUAUGUCAAAUUUUGUGAUGAACUUUGCUCAGUUAAACUGAUUGUGGAUUCAAAUAGGGCAAUGUUUGAAAAAGAAGCUGACAUCAUAGACCAGGCUCAAGAAGACCUAGAGAUGCAUGGCCCAAUGGAAGAUGCAUGGGCAGAAAUCUGUCCAGAGAGUGAAGGUGAACGUUUAGAGUGCGUUGCCAGCAGAUCGGAUCAAACAACAGAUAUGGAUGAACACAGUGAUGUCAUACCAGACCUGCUACCAAAAUCAAGCUGUACAUGGCAAGAUAAUCCUCACUGUAUGCCAAAGCAGCAAGCAAUGACUUUGAUUCGUGCACUUAAUGAGAAACAAUCUGAAAUAUUUUAUAAAAUUCGUCAGUGGUGUUUACAAAAGACACGUGGUGAAAAUCCUGAACCUUUUCAAGUAUUUAUAUCUGGUCCUGGUGGUGUUGGAAAGUCUAUGCUAAUUAAGGCAUUACAUUAUGAAGCAUAUCGCAUCCUGUCUCACUUGUCAGAUAAUCCUGAUGAGAUACAUGUGUUAUUAACAGCUCCAACGGGUGUUAGUGCCUACAACAUUGAUGCUGCAACAAUACAUACUUGCCUCUCCAUUGGAAAAGAUAUAAAGUUACCUUAUCAACCACUAGGAGAUGAUAAAAUAAACUCCCUGAGAUCUAAACUGGGCAACCUGCAGAUUUUAAUAAUUGAUGAAAUUUCAAUGGUCGAUCACAAACUUCUUGCUUAUGUUCAUGGUAGACUGAGACAGAUCAAACAAACAGGGGAUUAUUCACCUUUUGGAAAAGUUUCAAUCAUUGCAGUUGGAGACUUUUAUCAGCUUGGUCCUGUAAAGGGAAAACCUCUGUACACUGAACCUACAGGUGUGAAUCUAUGGCAGAAUCAUUUUGCUUUGGCCGAGCUCACAGAUAUUAUGAGACAGAAAGAUGCAGAGUUUGCACAGUUACUCAAUCGGUUAAGGAAACGCAAAAAAGGUGAAGUUUUGCCAGAACAAGAUAUUAAUAUGUUGAAACAGUGUGAAACAGGUGAAGGAGCAGACAGUACUGAUCUCCAUAUUUAUGCAACUAAUGAAGAAGUUGACGACCACAACAGGCGUAUGUUACACAGAAUGUGCUCAGAUACUACUGUCAUUCAUGCCCAGGAUUUUGAGAGGAUUGCUAAAACUGGUCGUCUGGAAAGGAAACAUGGACAUCAUGCCACAGUGCACAACACAUGUCUGACUCAGGCACUGCAUAUAGGUGUCAACGCACGUGUAAUGCUGCUUAAAAACAUUGAUGUUUCAGAUGGACUUGUAAAUGGUGCAUUUGGUACAGUUAAUGAAGUAUGUUUCAACAAUGAUCUGGAUUUUCCAUCAAAAAUAUAUGUUACAUUUGACAAUGAAAAAGCUGGUAAAGCAUUAAGAGCAAAACAUCCUGGCUUAAAACCUGGACUGACAAAAGCAACAUCAAUCCAACCUGAAGAAGAGAGAGUGACAAACAAUGGUGGCAUACGGCGUCAGUUCCCUCUGAAAUUGGCUUGGGCAUGCACCAUUCACAAAGUACAAGGCCUAACUGUGGAAAAAGCUGUUGUUUCACUUAAAAAGAUAUUUGCUGCAGGACAAGCAUAUGUGGCUUUAAGUCGUGUAACCUCUCUGAAAGGACUCAUAAUACAAGAUUUCAAAGAAAGUGCUAUAUAUUCAAAAGCAGAUAUUGACACUUUGAUGCAAAGCAUGCCUGCAUUCAUUGAACCAGUGAUAGAAACAGCACCAUCUCAAUCAUCAUGCAAAAUUCUACUACACAAUGUUCAAGGACUAACAUGUCACGUCGAAGAUAUAAGACAUGACAGAAGGUACAUGGAGGCCGAUAUAAUUUGUUUAACAGAGACGUGGUUAGAAUCACACAGCCCCAGCAAUGAAGUGCAACUUGCUGAAUUUAUGUUUCAUAGUCAACCAAGACGUCUUUCAUAUGAUACAAGUGAAGCACUUUUUGCUGAUCUGAAGGAGCAACAGCAUGGUGGUGUUGCUGUCACGAAUGCGUUGUAUUGA